AGCGUCCACCACGUGGAUAAGCCCGUUUGUGUUUUUAAACGGAAGCAAUAUGGCGUCUUUGGAGGACUACCACUUCUUGGAAAGCUUCAAAAGGAAGCGUAUAAAGCUCACCACUAAACUCUGCGUGUUUACUGGCGUGGUUCAGCGCAUCAGCCUGAAUAAAACCAUCGUUUUAGAAGAUGUGGUUGAAGAGACGAGGAAUACCAAGCUCUGUGGAGCUAAGCUCUUCUUUGGACACGAAAUCCUCAACAUCGAGAUCCCCAACCUCGCCAAACUCGAAGACCCUGUGCAGCAAAGCAGGCCCAACCCAGGCCAGCAGAUGCUGCCUGUGGCCGAGUUCCAGCCCUACAGGCGCAGCUUGCUGCUGGACGAAGAAGACGAGCAGCACGUGAACUACGUGGUGGUAGAUGAGUUCCACGAGAAGUUUGGUCCUGCUGUGAUGCACAUCAAGAAGCAGCAGGUGGUUGGGAUUGGAUCUGACGGGGUUGGUGUCUUCCAGCACGAGCGGCUGUGCUGGUUGCAGAUCGCCACUAAAAACAAGGUGUACCUUUUCGACAUCCUACUGCUUGGGAGUAGAGCCUUCAAAAACGGCUUGUCCAUGAUUCUGGAGAGCAAGCACAUCCUGAAGGUCAUUCACGACUGUCGCGGCAUCGCCGGAUCUCUGUUGGCUCAGUUUGGGGUGAGUCUUACUAACGUUUUCGACACUCAGAUCGCAGACGUCUUGCACUUCUACGAAGAAACCGGUGGAUACCUGCCGGACAGGGUCAGCACACUGGAGGAGGUGGUCAGCUUUCACCUGAAGAUGCCUUUGUACCAUCUUUCCUCUCUGAAGAUCAAGGCCCAGCUCGUGAGGGAGGACCGAGAAGUCUGGUAUGUGCGACCUUGCCCUGCUCCACUCCUGAAGGUCAUGGCCUUGUCGGUGAUCCACCUGCAGCCGCUGCGCCUGGUGCUUCUGGAUGCUCUCAUGUCCGACUACACCACAUUGGUGAACUUCUACCUAAGUGGCAACCAAGUUACACCAGUGCCGACGCAGAACAUCAACAGCAGGAUUGGGCUGGAACUCCCCAGGGAGCUUCGGGAGCUGGAAGUUAUCAGGCAGGAGCGCCAGGAGUGGGCUGUAGGCCAUUACCCAGUUACUGAAGAUGGUCUACUGGAGCGCUACAAGCCCAGACCCUCCACAGAGACAGAAGCACGGUCCACAGAUGCUGAUCUGGAGCAAUCAUCAGCAGCCUCCUGUCAAUUAGAGGAGAUCUCAAGCCAAUUGGAAGCAGCAUCUUCAAUGACUUCUCCAAGCCAAGAUCUUCAGAAGAACCUACCCAUCUCCACAACGUUCCCUGUGCUCGGUAGAGGGUUCAACAUCUCAACACCACCUCUCCAGCCGCCCAGAGGAGGUCUGAAGAACACCGUAGGAAAGAUCAACCCAGAGCCAGGAGCUUCCAGUUGUUUGGAUUCAGAAUCGCAGGCUCAACCCAUCUCCAUUAUGGCAGGGGUGGCCACCACAGGCUCCUACCCAUUCUCUGCCAUGUCCAUGGGCAGAGGGUUCCUUCACACAUCCCAGUAAACCAGCAAACCAGUAACCUGAAAACCAGUAAGAAAAAAGAAACGUGUUGACUAUUGAGUCUAGUUUAAACAUCCUGUCCUAUGCUGGAAUCUUCUGUUAAUUUUUGUUUUAUUAAAAUUGAUGCAUGGAUGGAGAGCAACAGUUGAUAGAUCUUCAAAUGUUUUAGUUUGUUAAAGAGGCAUUUAAAGCUCAGUUGGAAAAUAGAAAAUUAGCAUGUGUAUAAAACCAUUCAUUCAUUAUUUGGUAAAGUAAAUACGCUAUAGUAACAAAAGGAAACAGGUCUCAUCUUUUCAUUUCUGCCUCAAAUGGUCUGAAUUUUUAUGAAGGAAAAUUUAUCUUUACAGUGUAAUGUCAGAUAUUUUUGUUACAAUAUUUUCCCAUUUUUGAUUGUGAUGAGCAGACUACCCCAAAAUAGAAAAACGUUUUCUCAAAAAAAUCUAGUGUCUAAAACAGAAAUGGGGGAAAAAAUAGAGAAUUAGAAAAAUUAACCAAAAUCCAUUAUUUGCUUUGUGGAAAACUGUGCCAAAUGGAAAACUAUUCAUUUUCCACAAUUUCACUAGUUUUUCAUUUCUGCACCACACAAUCUGAAUUUCACAAACAUAGGAAAUUUAUUUAUUUAUACUUUUUUUUUUUUCAUUUCCCCUGACAUUUCAGAUUGUGAGGGUUAGGAAUGAAAACAAAAUGAAAAAAUAUGUAAAUUUAAAUUCAAUGUUUUUCUUUAUUCCCCAAACAGUCUGAAUUACACACAACAAAGGGGAAAAAAAUAGUGUCUAUAUUUUUAUAUUUUUCUUCACCAGUCUAUUGGUGUAAUGCUAUGUACUUUACGUUACAAGAUGCAACCUAACAUGAGAGGCAGAAAUGGAAAAAAACUUUGAAAAUUUAACCAAAAUCAUUUUUUGCUGUGCUUUUCCGAAUGGAAAAUAAAGAUUAGAAAGUUUUUUUUUUUUUACUUUUUUUACAAGGUGAAAUUUUUUAUUUCAUUUUUCCUAAAAGGGUCAGACAAAUGCAAAUUCACCAAAUGGAAAACCAUUUAUUUUUUUAUGUUCCAGUUUCACUUAAAUGUGAAAAACAUUAUAUCUGUCCUAUAUUUUCAGAUUUUCUCUAAGUUUAAUGCUGUAAUUCUACCUAUACUUUUUUGUAGCAUGUACGUAACACAUCUAACACAGAGAAUGUGGGGUUUACUAAUUAUUUACUCAUAUCAUACUCGUAUUGUGGUUUGAGGUCCUCAGGACUGGGUUUAGAAAUAAACAUUUGCUUUAUUUGCUUUAGUUUAGUUAUUUUUUUAUUAAUUGUAUUAUAAUAUUGAUUUAUUAUAUUGGAGUUUUAACAAAAGGAAAUGUCAUUGCUGUUCAGUUAUAUACUGAUUUAAAUGCAUGUUUGUGAUUAAGAGUUAAGAGUACAGUUAGAUGUUUAUUUCUCUUAUUUUAAGAAGAGUUUAAGUGCUGUUCGUUUCUGUGUGGGUAGGUGGCAGUGUUGCCCACCUCUUAGAAAAACAGAGUUUUAUCAGUUCAGUAUCAGUUUCUCAGUUUGUUUUGGAAUAUAGAGCAUAUUUAACAUGCAUUGUGAUGUUAAAAAAAGGUAAUGUUACCUGUUCUCAUUGUUAUAUCUUAAUAUUGCAAUAAACAUGUGUCUUAACAUUUAA